AUGAAGCCCGCUGAGCAUACACCUGUCCCGCAGAAGAGAAAGAUCAUUAUCUUCUCUGACUUCGACGGCACAAUCUUCAUGCAAGACACCGGCCACAUCCUCUUCGACAACUACGGCUGCGGCGAAGAAGCCCGCAACAAACUCGACGAACAAAUCAAAUCCGGCGAGCGAUCCUUCCGCGAAGUCUCCGAAGAAAUGUGGGGAUCCCUCCACGUCCCCUUCGACGACGGCUUCGUAGUCAUGGAAAAGACACUCGAAAUCGACCCCGGGUUCCGAGAAUUCCACCAAUACUGCAUCAAAAACGGAUUCCCCUUCAACGUGAUCAGUGCCGGGCUGAAGCCUGUUUUGCGGAGGGUGUUGGAUACAUUCCUCGGUGAGAAGGAGGCCGCCGCAAUCGACAUCGUCGCCAACGACGCCAUAAUCAAACCCGACGGAUCCUCCUGGAAACCCAUCUGGCGGCACGACACAGAACUAGGCCACGACAAAGCGCUCUCGGUAAACGAAGCGCGCGCAAAAGCACAAUCCGAAUGUCGCCCCGACGAAAUUCCCCUAAUCAUCUUCAUCGGCGACGGAGUCUCCGAUCUAGCGGCCGCCCGCGAAGCAGAUGUCCUCUUUGCUCGACGAGGCCUUCGUCUCGAGGAGUAUUGCCAGGAACAUAAGAUUGCUUAUAUCCCCUUUGAUAGUUUCCUGGAUAUCAAGCGGGAGAUUGAGAAUAUUAGUCGCGAGGAUCAGAGUAAGACUGGUGGUGUGGGGAAGCCGGUGCGGUAUAAUCCACGGGCUAAUAUGUGGAGGCGGAUUUCUUCGAAGGAGGCAGUCCCGACUUUGAUGGCCGUUGCUACUCCCUCCAAGGAAGAGAAGAUGUUCCUUUGGCCGGAGACGUUCUCCGACUAUAAGCCCCAGGCGACGAUUCAGGAAAGGGAUGAGACGGCUACUGCUUGA